AUGCUCUGCUCUCCUGCUCUAACUCACUGCAUGGCUGCCCUGCUCUGCUCUCUUGCUCUGUUCCACUUUUCUGUACCCCUGCUCUGUUUCCCUGCUCUGUUUCCCUUCUCAGUUCUCUUGCUCUCUUCUCCUGCUUUGCGGGCAUCAACACGCAAGUCUUGCAGGUGCAUUCCCCUCUCCUGCUUGCUUUCCACCCCAUCCACCCCUGGUUCCCCCUCUCCUGCUUGCUUUCCACCCCAUCCGCCCCUGGUUCCCCCUCUCCUGCUUGCUUUCCACCCCAUCCACCCUUGGUUCCCCCUCUCCUGCUUGCUUUCCACCCCAUCCACCCCUGAUUCCCCCUCUCUUGCUUGCUUUCCACCCCAUCCACCCCUGGUUCUCCCUCUCCUGCUUGCUAUCCACCCCAUCCACCCCUGGUUCCCCCUCUCCUGCUUGCUUUCCACCCCAUCCACCCCUGGUUCCCCCUCUCCUGCUUGCUUUCCACCCCAUCCACCCCUGGUUCCCCCUCUCUUGCUUGCUUUCCACCCCAUCCACCCCUGGUUCUCCCUCUCCUGCUUGCUAUCCACCCCAUCCACCCCUGGUUCCCCCUCUCCUGCUUGCUUUCCACCCCAUCCACCCCUGGUUCCCCCUCUCCUGCUUGCUUUCCACCCCAUCCACCCCUGGUUCCCCCUCUCCUGCUUGCUUUCCACCCCAUCCACCCCUGGUUCCCCCUCUCCUGCUUGCUUUCCACCCCAUCCACCCCUGGCUCCCCCUCUCCUGCUUGCUUUCCACCCCAUCCACCCCUGGUUCCCCCUCUCCUACUUGCUUUCCACCCCAUCCACCCCUGGUUCCCCCUCUCCUGCUUGCUUUCCACCCCAUCCACCCCUGGUUCCCUCUCUUCUGCUUGCUUUCCACCCCAUCCACCCCUGGUUCCCCCUCUCCUGCUUGCUUUCCACCCCAUCCACCCCUGGUUCCCCCUCUCUUGCUUGCUUUCCACCCCAUCCACCCCUGGUUCCCCCUCUCUUGCUUGCUUUCCACCCCAUCCGCCCCUGGUUCCCCCUCUCCUGCUUGCUUUCCGCCCCAUCCACCCCUAGUUCCCCCUCUCCUGCUUGCUUUCCACCCCAUCCGCCCCUGGUUCCCCCUCUCCUGCUUGCUUUCCACCCCAUCCGCCCCUGGUUCCCCCUCUCCUGCUUGCUUUCCACCCCAUCCGCCCCUGGUUCCCCCUCUCUUGCUUGCUUUCCACCCCAUCCACCUCUGGUUCCCCCUCUCCUGCUUGCUUUCCACCCCAUCCACCCCUGGUUCCCCCUCUCCUGCUUGCUUUCCACCCCAUCCGCCCCUGGUGCACACGGCACUUGCGAUCCAGCCACACGAUAA